CCAAACUCCGGGCUGCCCCAGCGGACAACUUGGUGUGUGAGUGCAUGUAUGAGAUGUUACCGGUCACGAGUGCAGCAAGCCUGGAGGCAUGGGUGCCCCUGUGACAGACCCUGGCAGCUCGGUGUCCAGCCCUCCCUCCAGAGGUCAGAUGGGGGCCAUGUGCCCAGCACCCCAAAGGGGCUAAAACAGGCAGGCCUCCUAAAUCCCUCUGUUAGUGCAAAGUCCGGCCUGGCCCAAGGCCCCAGCUACACACAGACACUCAUAGCGGGCAGGGAAUCCCAAGGGCUGACAGACAUCCUCCCUCAAGCCAGCCAGGGGCUAGUCCUAAAGAAUGCGCAGGGUUUGGACCACUGAGUUACCCUUCACUGUGCAUCAUCGCUUCCAUGGCAUCAUCUCUGGGCCCAGCUUACAGAGGAGGAAGACAAACAGAGUUAAGUUUGGGGCCUUAGCAGGGCAGUUGCAUCUAUUUGGGAGACAGAAUCACAGGGCAUGUGGGAAGACCAUGGAGUCCAGCGUGAGCUCCCCAUUCCCCAGCUUUCGGACUGACCCUUUGUCCUGCCCAUUCUGAUGUCUCAGGCUCCGGUGAUCUUUGAGGACGUGGCCGUGGCCUUCUCCUGGGAGGAGUGGGUUUUGCUGGAUGCUGCGCAGAGGGAGCUGUACAGGGACGUGAUGCUGGAGACCUUCCAGAACCUGGCCUCAGUGGAUUAUGAGGCACCAUGGGAAGCCACCGGGUCAAUUUGUCAACAGGACAUGCAUGAGGAAAAAAUGCCAAACCAGGAGAAUAUUGCAAAAUUCACAAUAAAUGAUGCUCAUGCCAACAUUUUAGAAAAAAAUUGGGAAGACCAAAGCAUUGAAGAUCAGGGUGAAAAGCAUGCGAGACAUCUGAGAAACCCUAUGGCAGACAGAUUCUGUCAGAGGGAUAAAGGAAUUCCACAUGGAGACACCCUCAGCCACGGCUCCAGUGUCGGUCUGUACAUGAAUGUUUCCACUGGAGUAAAACUAUACAAAUGCACCAAGUGUGGGAAAGUGUUCAUGCAUCUUUCUUCACUUAAGAAACACGUCAGAUCUCACUGUGUACAGAGACUGCAGCUGUAUCAGGAAUGCAGGCAGGCCUGCCCGUGUCCUCCACACCCAGGAACAAGUCCCGAUGGGUGUACGUCGUGUGGGAAAGCCUUCCCGUAUUUCUACUCCCUUGCUCGACACAUCAGGGUUCACACUGCAGAGAAAAACUACAAGUGCGAGCCAUGUGGGAAAGUUUUCCCCAAGUUCUCCAGCCUCAGUAGGCACAGGAGGGCCUGCGCUGGGGAGAGGCCCUACACAUGCAAUGACUGUGGGAAGGCUUUUGUUUACCCCUCGGUCCUUCAGAGACAUGUGGUGAUACACACGGGGGAGAAGCCCUACGAGUGUGUACUGUGUGGGAAAGCCUUUCACCAUUUCUACGCCCUCAGGCAACACACAAAGAUCCACACAUCCGAGAAAAACUACAAUUGCAGGCAGUGCCAGCAGACCUUCCGUCAGUUCUGCAGCUCUACCAGGCAUGUGCAGAUGCACAUGGGGGAGAAGCCCCAUAAAUGCAAGGACUGUGGGAAGGUCGUCAUCUACCCCUCCGUCUUCCAGAGGCACCUGAUGGCACACAUGGGGGAGAAGCCCUACAUGUGUGAACAGAGUGGGAAAUGUUUUUGGCAUCCCUAUUCGUUCAGCCAACAUGGAAAGGCAGACACGGCCAAGCUGAACUGUGAGUGCAUGUGGUGCAGCACAGCCUUCCACAAGCUCUCCAGGCCCACAAGACACGGGAAAACUCCCCCUGAAGAGAAGCCCUACGUGUGUAAGGAGUGUGGGAAAGCCUUCGCUUACCCUUCCACCUUCCAGAGGCACCUGAUCACACACACGGGGGUGAAGCCCUAUGUUUGUGAACAGUGUGGGAAUGCCUUCCGUUACCCCCAGUCCUUCCAGAGACACAAAAAGACUCACACAGCAGAGAAGCCGUACAUAUGUAAGGAGUGUGGAAAAGGAUUCAGGCGACUGGAGACCUUCCGUGUGCAUGUGAGGAUGCACACUGGUGAGAACCUCUAUAACUGUGAGCACUGUGGGAAAGCCUUCGGCUCCCCCAGGUCAUUUCAGGGCCACGUGAGGACGCACACUGGGGAGAAGCCCUAUGCAUGUGAACAGUGCGGGAAGGCCUUUACCUGGCCCUCGGCCUUUCGAAAACACGUAAGGAUCCACACCAUGGAGAAACCGUAUAAAUGUGACAAGUGUGGGAAGGGUUUCAAAUCUUCUAGAUACUUCCGAGCCCACGUGAGAACCCACACAGGAGAGAAACCCCACAAGUGCACACAGUGUGGGAAAGCCUUCAGCUGGUCCUCAUCCCUGCAGAAACACAUGAGACUGCACACUGGAGACAAACCUUACAAGUGCACGUAGUGUGGGAAAGCCUUCAGACGGCCCUCGUCCUUCCAAAACCAUGUGAGAAUGCACACACGAUAGCAGCUUAUUCCAGGAGCUUCCAGGGAGGCCAUGCCCUCCAGGGAAUCCUGUAACCAUAGAUAAUGUCAGCAGAUCUUGUCCUGAGUCACAUAUGAUGCUCUAGAAGAUUCACCCAGGGUGGAAAUACUGUGGAAGUUAUAAAUGCAAUUCUGCCUUUAUGAAUACCUCAUGCUUAAAACAGACUCCUAAAUGGUGAGUUUCCAGAUCUUUCACAAAUAAAAGUUUAUGUGAGAAAUAA